UAUACUGUACGGAAGCCUGGUGGGGACAUCUAACCGAUCUUAAUGCACUGCACUGCAGCUUUAGGGUGCACGGUAGGGGUAGGGACCCCUUGGCCCGUGCAAGCGUUUCAUGUGCUGCAAGUUCAAAAAAUUGGUUGACGAAUCAGUGAGAGGGCGUUGGCCUUGCUAUCGGUGUGUCGGCGUUCCCAACUGCAGUUAGAUGUCCUCACCGGGCUUCCGUAGUGAUACAUUCGUUUGAUGAGUAAUUUGACGUUUGGUUUGGCGCAAAGUUUGCUUUUGGGGUUUUCGAGAGUCGUGAAGCACAGUCGCGUAAGAUUUUGUGCGAUUGUUGCUGUAACAGCAUCCCAGAAUAAUCGGUUUUGUGGAUCCUCGAUUCUGAGAGAAAAAUUUCAAAAUUAUAAUUUGAUAUUAUCCGGCCACGUGAUAUCAAACACAAUAAUGCCUCCAAAACGGGGAAGACCGGCAAAGGCAACAAAGAAAACUAAGGCAGGGACUUCACAAAACAGUAAGACAGAGAGCUUAGAUAAACCUACUAGUAAGAAGACAAAGCGUGUUACAAGUGACGAGGAUUCAAAUGAUGAACCAGUUUCAAAGAAGACCAAAGUGGAGACUAAAAAGCAACCAAUGAACAAAACUGCUACAAAUUUGGACAAUAUUGACUAUGAAUGUCAGAAAACCAAUGAAAAUGAGCAGAAAUAUAAUUUAAAAAUAUGUAGUUGGAAUGUAUCUGGACUCAGAGCCUGCAUUAAAAAAAAUGGGAUUGAUUAUCUCUUGAAAGAAAAUGCGGACAUAAUUGCACUGCAAGAAACUAAAUGCGAUAAAAAUAAACUCCCUGAAGAAGUAAAGAUUCCUGGAUAUAAUGAUUACUUUGUUGAUAGCAAAAAGUCUGGGUACUGUGGAGUUGCAUUAUAUACCAAAGUAAAGCCAUUGAAUGUUAUGUACGGAAUGAAUAUUCCUCUACAUGAUGAUGAGGGUAGAAUGAUCACUGCAGAGUUUGAAAACUUUUUUGUAGUUUCAGUCUAUGUUCCUAAUGCUGGCCAAAAAUUAGUUACCUUACCAAAAAGAUUGCAAUGGAAUAAGGAUUUCAAAGAAUUCAUUGGAAACUUGGACAAAAAAAAACCAGUCAUUAUAUGUGGAGACAUGAAUGUUGCUCAUACCGAAAUCGAUUUAACAAACCCUAAAACAAAUAUGAAAAAUGCUGGUUUCACUAAAGAAGAACGAGAUGAUAUGACAAAUUUCUUGGAAGCGGGAUUUGUUGAUACAUUUCGACAGUUAUAUCCUGAUAAAACUGGUGCAUAUACAUUUUGGGCAUACUUUAAUAAUGCUCGUGCCAAAAAUAUUGGAUGGAGAAUCGAUUAUUUUUUGGUAUCUGAGGCAAUAAAAAAUAAUGUAUGCGACAAUGUUAUACGUGAUCAGGUGUUCGGCAGUGAUCACUGUCCAAUCGUACUUUACAUACACUUGUAAGUUUCUAUAUUCAGUUAUAUUCACGUUAUAUUUCAAGAAGAACCAAUGGUACAAAUAAAUGCAUACCGUUUGUUUUUUAAUUUUUCUAAUAAAAUAAUAAUGUUUUUUAACUGACA